UUUUUUGAUUUUUAACCAUUUUUCUAGUUAUUCCCUUUUAGAAAAUGCAUUUUGGUUUUAUUUUUAUUUUAUUUAUUCAUUUUGUUGGUGCUAUAGAAGUCCCUCCUGGGCUAAGACCGGCCAAGGCUGUGGACGACCCGGAAAAGCCGAUCGUUCCAAGAUUGGAAGAACAACAAGAGGGGGUGGCAGAACAGCAUGAACAAGUUGGGAAGAUUUUUUAG